ACCCGAGUUCAUCCAGACCAUCAUCAAGAGCAUCAAGAACACCACCGCCAGUACCGCUGAGCGUAUCGGGGCUAUGGAAGCGUUGCAGCUGUGUUUCCUUCACUUGGAGGACCAUACACGCGAGGCGUUGUAUAACUCUCUCUCCAGCUACAUGGAUACCAUGCAGAGGGACUAUGCCUUGGACAGUGACGUGCGUGAAACCUGUAUCUUCACCGUGGCCUUUGGGUGCAUGCUGGGGUGCAAUGACCGCGAGAAGAUCUGUGAGCUCAUGGAG